ACUUCGGUCUGAGAAAAAAAACUUCAAGAAUUGCGUUCAGUGAACAAGGCGAUCUGUGUGUCAGUCAGUAAUUAUUGGAUUUUACCGUUAUACCUCUAAAUUUAGGCCAAUGACAUUGAAUAACCUCAUCGCCGUGUCUUCCGAACGCAGCUAACGUGUUUCGGCACAUCAGCAAAAAACGUUCUUGUUUACGACAUCGAGUAUAUAAAUGAAAUAACGCAACCGAAUUUAGUCGUUGCUUAUUUGCAUAUUCAGCUGAAAUUUGAAGAUCGGUAAGGAUCAGGAAAGACUAUUCAUUUGAUUCAUUUGAUUACUCAGUAAAAAAGUGUUUGAAUUCCUCUCUGCGAAGUCGGUUAAAGUUGGUAUACGCGAAGAGCCACCAAAAGGUCGUGCGUAAUCAACGUAUAUAAUGGAGAAAGACAUCAUAGUUACUUGUCCAUAUAAUAAAUCACAUCGUAUUCGCCGAUGUAAGUUAAUGACCCAUUUGUUGAAGUGUAAGAAACAAAGUGGUGCAACGAACAAAGUAACGUGCCCAUUGAAUGGUAUUCAUAUAAUGGAUCCUAAUGAUAUAAAGGAUCAUCUUACAUCUUGUUCAAAUCUUUCAUCCUUGGUAAAAACUAAUGUUGUUAAGGAAGAGAUAGACAAGGAAUCUAUUAUCAAAGAUGAUACAUACAAAUCAAAUGAAAAUUGGGACGAGGCACCAGAAGUCCCAUCUUAUGAUCCAUGGGCAAAUUCUGCCUCAAAAAAGGUGAUACGGUGUGUGACUGGAAUGACAAAAUCAGAAAGAAUAAAAUUUAGAUUGAGCGAACGAGAUCGUAUUGCAAACCUUAAUGAAACUAGCACUGUCAAGCAAAUUCCUUUGCAUAGAGAAACACUUCAAGAGAUACCAUUGCGUCCUCCACAUGGUGUCGCACAGGUCAGGUUGAGUGACACAAAUAUCAGCCAACAAACCUCCAACAAAAACGCACAGAAACAAGAUUCUGUUGAAAGCGCACAACUUAAAUCAACAACAACUAAUGAAUUUCGUGAUACAUUUCAGAAAACAUUGUUCAAUGAAUUGCUUUCUGACCAUGAACCUGAUGAUAAUCUGAUAGAUAAUACAUUUUCCGAUAAUGAAAGUCAAUAUGUAAAAUCCAAAGAUAGUGCAAAAAUGGACAGUACCCUGACGCAGAAUCUAUUGGAACUUUCUGCGACUAAUAGUGAUACGUCAUACAAGUCUUUUAAUUCUCCGGGCCCAUCUACGAGAAAUUGGUUUGAGGAUAUCAUUGGAAGAGGAAAAAAUCUCUCAUUUACCGGUGAAAAUGAAAAGAUAGAGGUAAGAAAGGAAGCGAGGGGAAGAGGAAUAUCAAGGAGUAAAAUGAAUCUGAAAGACGUGACCGAGGUAGAUGCGUCUUGUCAGAUAUUUGGUGCUGAUAACUCGAAAGUUAUCGAAUCAGAUAAGUAUACUGAAGAUACUUAUAAUACGAGUACUUCGGAUGAAAGAGUUACCGAUAAGUUAUUAGCUAUAUUGAUGGACAAAACGGAAAAAAUGGAACUCACGGAUGAAAAAGAGGAAAGUAAUUUAAAUUCGAAAUUCGGAAGCAUAUUAUAUAAACUCAACGAUCGACUGGAUCAUCUAACAAAUAUUCAAAACGCCACUGUAGAGCAAAAUGCUCGGUUAAUUAAGGAGAUGAACGAUCUCAAACAGUUGAAGACUUGCUGUAACACUCAGUCGUCUAUAACCUUGAACAAGCGUUGCGCUGCUAAUUUUCCUGAACCUCUGAGUUUGGCGUAUUCGAAGAAUCAUAAUAUGUUCCAAGGAGCGCCUUCGUUCGAGAAAAAUACGCCGAGUUCGACCGACACGAGUGAAGGUAACGAUGCGUUUAAUUCAAAGGAUGAUAGCGAAUUGCAUAAACUUCGAACUCCGGAAGACUUCUAUCACCAUUAGGAUUUUUCGUACAGUAAUCGUAGACAAUUUCAUGAGUAUUUUUUUAUCAGCAUUCGAAUGUAUAACGUUACACAUCUCAUAAAAUAAGUUUAUUUUCUUUUUUUGCUUAAAAAUAUUCCUAUCAGAAAUAAGUCUUAUAAACCGCCAUGUAGAAUUGAUCAUUCUAUGUUUAACACGUUCACUUUGCCACGAGAAUCAUUGGUGACUGACACAAUGAUUGUGCCAAGUCAUUAAUUUAUAUAUAAAGCGUAAUUAAUUACACCUAAUGAUUUAAAUAUUUGGUCUAAUUAAUUACACCUAAUGAUUUAAAUAUUUGGUCAAUAUAGAGAGUUAAUAAAAAUUAAAAAAUUCAUAUGAAGUGCGUAUUUCAAUCAGUUAACAAAUGUACAUUAUGAAAUGCUUAUUUCUGUCUGUUAACAAAUAUGUAUUAUGAAAUUCGUAUUUGCCGUAAUUUUGUAUAUUCAAAUUUGUGUAUUCAAUUCAUUUGUGUAUUCAAAACUUUAGUUGAAUUUAGAUCCGUGAGAAUUAACGUGGUAAGUCAACGUGUGAAAUUGGAUAAGAUCUAUUUAAUUCUAUAAUGCGUAAGGAGAUUGCAAUAUAAAUUUAAUGAGUUAAGUUGCGAGAUACGUUCAAUUUUAUUUUAUCUGUUAUCAUUUAAGAAGCAUCCAUUUUUGUUCACAUAUACUUAAAGUUAAGAAAAAGAUAGGGUAAUAGUAUGAUUUAUUUUAAAAAUCUCCUCAUUUAUUUCUGUAUGACAUGAUUGAUACAAUCUUGUUAUCUUGGUAAUUCGACAAUUGACCAAUUGUCUAAUACACUAAAUCAAUCUAGAUAUUUUAAGUAGAUUUAGUGUAUGUCAUA